GAAGAAUUUAAACACCAACAUCUCUCAUUUCGUCUCCUCCGUGUCGCCGGCCACCCACUAAUCCAUCCGCUCGCUCCUAUGGAUCACGCCGCCGAGCACCUCGACCCCACCACUCCGGCACCCUCGUCUGCCUCCUCCUCCGCCGCCGUCGCCGAGGUAAAUGCGUGGCUGGCCUCCCUCGCCGCGGAGGCGGGAGGCCCGGGCGGGGCCGGAGGGCGAGGCGGCGGCGGAGGUGCGGUGGCGGAGCUGUCGCUGGGGUCCGACCCCACACCGCGCGGGGUGGCCUACCUCCGCGCGCUGGCCUCUGCGUCGCAGGCGCGGUCCCGCGCCGCCGGAAUCGCGGCUGCGGGGCUGCGUGCGCAGGCGGCCGAGUACCGCGCCGAGGCGGCGCGGUUGCGGGAGGCUCUCGAGCGGGCGGGGCUCGCGAGGGACGCGCUCCCACCACCCGCAGCCGCGGCGGCACGAGCUGUCGCUGCAGUCGCUAACCUCCUCGCCAUCCGUGACACCGAGAUGAGCAGCUUUGUGGUAGCAAGUGCAGACUUGUCUCUGAGGCGAGCAGAGGUGGAGGAGAAGAGGGACAAAGUGCAUAAGGAGUCAAAGGCACUACUUGAUUACACGCGGAAGGCCAUAAACAAGCUUACUGAGCUGAAGAAGAUGCUGGAAAAAUUCAAAAAUGAUGUGGAGAAGCAACAAGUGGACCAAAUGGCAGAUUGGCAAACAAAGCUUGUUAUGAUGGACUCCAAGGAGCGGCAGUAUAUCCUCCAAGUCUCAAAUUAUAAGGCAAUGCUUAAUCGAGUGGGUUAUACGCCGGAGAUCAAUCAUGGUGUGUUGAUGGAAAUGGCUGAGCAUAAGAAGGAUCUCGAGAGGAAGACAAAACCCAUAGCCGAUACAUUAAGGAGCUACCAGGAUUUGCCUCCAGAUAAAGCUCUAGCUGCACUAGCUAUAGAGGACAAAAAGAGGCAGUAUGCAGCCGCAGAGAAGUACCUAGAAGAUGUGUUGCAAUCUGCUCUAACCACAACUGGCCUAUAAUGUGCAUAGUUUUGUUUGGUGUAUCUUACAUGUUGGCAUUGGUUUAAGGUCAAUGGUAAUUGACUUGUAAUUUGCGGCUUGCUUAAAUAACUGUGUAACAUCUCCCUAUCUUCACCAUAGAAAUUAAGUUCUGUUGCAGUAAUGAUCUUAGCGACAACCAAGACACUCGCCAGUGAUCUUGGCCUGUUGUGUAUGUGUGUGUCUUGCCUUAAUGUGAAUGUGAUUUUGGAUGACCAGCUUGUCUAGAGAUGAGCUUAUGUGGUGUUUUAAUGGACAUACAGUUGUGAUAGCAUAUGCAUGUUCUUGUUUC